ACGUAGACCUAAAAAACAUCAGAUUAAGGCUUCAGCUUUUGGACAAUCUCGAUUUAACAUUUGUGCUCUUUUGUCACGUUUUCAAAGUCAUGAAGCCAAGCAGAUCAGAUAGGGGACAAAGCAAUUCUUUGCCCAUCUUGAAAGCAAAGGAUGUGUCUGGAGGUCAGUGUUGCACACCUGAACAAACUUCUGUGCUGCUCCUGUCACAAGUAUAUAGUAAAAUAAUUUGUCUUCCUUUGGGAUGGAUUCGCACUUUGCCCCCUGCCGAUUAUACCUGGGUGUCAAAGGCCCUGUUCAGGUGGUCUCCAGAGAUGCAGCCUGAAAUGGACUAUGCUAGGGUGGAUAGGAUGUGGUGGUACCCGCCGUUCCCUCCUCUUACCUUAACUGAAGAGCCAGAGAUGGGAUGCUACUUUGGGCAUGCAUUGUUUCUCUGGAUGCCACAAAAGCUGUGGAAUGUGAAACUUAGCUGUCCACGUUCAGACUGCAUGAAGGAAGAGCUCACGUCAGCAGGCCUGCAUCAGGAGCUCAGGCAGGUAGUCGACAUGGAAGGGUCAUACUUCAUGGCAUCCGAGUGUCUGGUUUGUGGGAAAUGCAAGCGAAAAUGGAUUAGCUGGAGUCAUGAUGUAGUCUCACAACUUGAUAUUGGUCAUAGAGUCCAGUUCUCUUGCAUUCUUGCAUCGCAGGUGGCUUGUGACAUGAAGGUUGUUCACUUUAACCGUCAGAGACAUUUGAGGCCCAGCGUCAGCCAAAUCCAGAAGAAACUGGAGGAACAUCACGCUGAGGUUUGGCUGCAAAAGACCAUUCAGUAUCUAACUGAUUGCAGAAGCUUUGCCCAUCCUGCACAGUUUCAAGAUCCACCCGCCAUGCCUCCCCUUCCCAAACAUUGUUGGUUGAGGCAAGUGUUCGCUCUGGACGUACUUCACCGAAUGAAUGAGAUCAAGGCCAGCAUAACCUCGCAGUUUGGUCGUGUGCUAAAGAUGGGUUCCACCAAAAAGUGUCUCGGGAACUUUUCAGGAACUUGGGCGACCAGUGUUGCCAAUGAACACGGGCAGGUUAUCAUGUCGGUGCUUACAGAAAACAAAGAGUCUGGUCUUGAGGGGAUGAUCUCCGGUGUCAUAAAUAGGUACAAGGAAGCCACAGAGGCUCCUCCUGAAGUUCUGUAUGUCAGUGAAGACUGCUGUGGGUCCAACUCUCUCAGAACAACAUUCAAAGAGUGGAAGGACAUGGAGGUCAGAUUGGACAUCUCUGAGUUCAUGCGAAGAAUUUCUGUGAGCUGCACCUCAGAGUCCCAUCAGAUAUACGUGACAUUCAUGGACAGCCUCGGCCACUGUAUUUUCGAAUGGGAUGAGGAGGACCUGAAGCAGCUGAAGGAGGCAAAGCAUAACGAGCUCGAAUCCGAUAUCAUCCAGCCUUCUGAUGACGAACUAAUGCAUCACCUCAGCAGAAGCGAGUUGGCCCUUCACUGUAGACGAACCACACGUGAUGUAAGGGAGAUCGAAGAACUCAUCACAGCACUCAUUCGGCUCUAUGAUGGGGAGGCGGGAUGGGACUCAUCAGGAGUGCCGCUCUUCAGUUCCAAAACAAUAGCUGAGAUAUGGGAUUCCCAGAAGAAACAUUUGCCGUGUAUAGUGGAUCCUCUUGGUGUACAACUCUACGAGCAGACUGGGACACUGGUGAAGGGAGGCCACCUUCUGCCAGCUUACAGAUGUUUCAGAGGUUCCACCUCCAUCGAAUCCUUCCAUCAGCAUCUGAACCAGCUCAUUCCAGGGGUGCCAGCUUGUUCUACAUUUCUCCAAAUUGAGUUUUUGGAUGGAUUGGUCAGGUGGAAUGAAGUGACUUCUGUGGCCUCAGAGGGCCUGCAGACACCUCAGUCUUGUAUUGGGGUUCUUCAACAAGCUGUCAACCAGCUCGGAGAGGAAGUGCUUGGAAAGAAGAUUGUGUCUACUAUCAGUACAAGUAAAUACACUGGUGAACUGAUUGGGUUAGAGUACCUGUACCAUCAGACUGGCAAAGCAAUCCAAGACAGUAGAUUUAUCAUUAGACAGAUGGAAACCACUGACGUACAAGUGGCUACAAGUGAGGGCUGCUGCAAACAAGAGGACAUUGGGGAUUGGACAAUCACACAGCAACACGUCCCAUCUCUGUUAGAAGCUUCUCCAUCGAUGACAAGCAAAGGUGCUCAGUUUCAGGUGGAAGAACUCUUUCCUCCAAUCACAUCCUCACCGGCGAUAGAAAUGACAGCUCCAGAGAAGGUUCCUUUCAUAAAAGAAGAGGAUAUGGAGUACAGCUGCAAUGACAAGCCUCUCAUUUCAAACUUGCCUCCAGAGACUGUGAUAGAAAACCGUAACACAACACAAGAAGCCUCAACAGGACAACCUGCUCCAGCUCAAGCCCAGUCAAGUUUAUCGUUGACUUUGCCCGUUUUGUUUUCCAGCCCUUCUCUGUCAAAUCAAAUGAUGGUGGUUUUAACACCUGCACAAAAGAUCGAUGCACCACCAACAGCGAGCUGCCAUUCGGUUCCUCUUCCUUACACCACGCAGUGCUACUGGAAGAGAAAACUGGUCAAGGAAAAAGAUGGCAUUUGUACCAGGAAGUAUGUGCGAAGAUCAGAGGCUAUCCGGUGCAGAAAGUGCAAUAAAGAGAGAAUAAUGUCAACUCAUCGGCAGUAUUUCGGCAACUGGUAUUGUGAGGAGACUGAAACAAAACCCUUUGCUGUGUGGAAGGCUGAACUGAUAAAGCGGGGUUAUGGAAAGAAGAAGUUCUGAAGGGUGGAACCAGUAAUGAGCAUCCACCUCCUUUGGUUUUAAUUGUUCUUAUCCAACUGUACUUUUUCCAUUAGUUGUAUUUAAUUAAAUGUUAGAUUUUUUUGGUGCUUCUAAUCAAAAUAUAAUUGCAGCGCUGCAGUAAAAUCAUUCGUGGCAGUGGACCUGAACUGUUUUGUCCAUAUUACUCAAUUACCCAUAUUACAAGUCAUAAUUGGUUUCAGGCAAAAAUAUUGUUUAUUUAUGCGUAAGGUCUAUCAUUUAUUGCAGUUGAAAUCUCUUAAUAAUUCGAAUAAACCAAACAUGAACACAAAGUUUAUGAAGUUUAGAAUGAUUAUAUUAUUUAGGAUGACAUCGAAUGGAAAAUAGGACAUUUUUGGGACAGUGUCUGCAUAUUUUCCAGACUGUUGUCUGUGUGUUGAGUCUGGUUUCUUUUAUUAUUCUAUAAAAUUUAAAAAAUA